AGGGGGGGUGGGAGGAAGUGACAGGCGGGAGACACACACAUACUUAUGUGGGAUGCACUGAAACUCUACGGUGCAACAUCAGCUCUCUCCGCCAACAUCUGUACCCUCUCCGCAUUCGGCAUUUCUCAUCCAUCCCGUUUUCAUCUCUUCAACUUCCACCUCCAUCUUUUACUUGCGUCCGUCCGACCUUCGCUAACCCCUUUUCUGGAUGUCCCCUCCCUGAGACAGCCUGGAGGAGAGAGUGUCGGCUGGAGGGAUGUGGACAGGAGGGCAGGCUCCUGUCCUGGAUGGGGGUCCACAGCUUCAGCGCUCACCCCCUUUUGAGGAUUGGUCUACAUCCCCUAAACCUGAAACUUCAAGAUCAGUUCCUGAGCGAGGUAUGGAGAAGCCUACCUAUGAUUUAUCUCGGCUACGCAGCUCCUCUGUGGAGAUCAGGGAGAAGGGAUCAGAGAUCCUGAGAGAGGAGCUGCUCAAGGCUCAAAAGGAGUUGAAGCUGAGAGAUGAAGAGUGUGAAAGGUUAUCAAAGGUCAGAGAGCAGCUGGAACAAGAACUAGAAGAGCUGACAGCUAGUCUUUUCGAGGAGGCUCAUAAAAUGGUGCGUGAAGCCAAUAUGAAGCAGGCUGCAUCUGAAAAGCAACUUAGAGAAGCCCAUGGGAAGAUUGAUAUGCUGCAAGCUGAAGUUUCUGCUCUGAAGACACUGGUCAUAACGUCCACUCCGUCUUCCCCAAACCGUGAGCUGCACCCCCAGUUACAAAGCCCUUCUAAGAAUGCACUACGUAAAGGCCAUGCUCGCAACAAAAGCGCAGGCUGUGCCGCUGUCGUGCCGGCGGCCCUUCCAGCCCAGCCAAUCAACACAGAGGGCAAAGAGGUGGACAACCUUCUGUACUCAGAAUUUCUUGGAUGGAAGGAAAACCCAACUCUAGAUAAAUCCAGCCCCUUCCUGUUACGUAUCUACGAAGAGGAUAUUACACCCUGCUUGGACUUUGCAAAAAGAGAGUUAGCAGAACAGGUUCUUGCGGCAGUAGAAGACAAUACAUUGUCCGUGGAACCAGUCGUUCAACCUACACUUCCCGUAGUGAAAGCAUCAGCUGUAGAACGUGGAGGGCCCAGCGGGUGUCGGGUGGAGGUCUUAACGAAAUGUGCCCUCAGUGGUCUUUCACGGUCAUGUCGCCAUCGUAUUAAGCUAGGGGAUUCUGGGAAUUAUUACUUCAUCUCACCAUCCUGUAGAGCCAGGAUAACAGCUGUGUGCAAUUUCUUCACUUACAUUCGGUAUAUACAGCAAGGUCUGGUGCGCCAGGACACUGAGCUUAUAUUCUGGGAGAUCACGAGACUUCGCCGAGAGAUGUCCGUGGCAAAACUUGGCUUCUACGUCAUUGAAUCUUAGCGAUUUCAGUGCAACAUAAGGACAACGUAAAUGACCAAUACACACAUAUACUAUUUUGCUGCUGUGGGAUCCAAUGAUGACUGAGAGCAGAGGCGUGUGAGUGCACCCAAGAUUACACAGAUUCUGUGUGUGAACAAUUCAUUCAUAAAUGGUACUCCACCAAUGGUGAUUAAAUGAGCACACAGGGAUUUA